GCGGGAGCCGCGGCGGCCUCCAGCGCCGGGCGGAGUCGGCGGCCGCGCGGAGGACGCAACCCGGGCCGCGCCGCGGGCCUUCAGGCGGGGCGGGGCGGCCGAAGCCGCGGCGGGAAGAUGUUCAACGUGGAGACCCUGGAGCGGGCGGAGCUGUGCGAGAGCCUCCUCACUUGGAUCCAGACAUUUAAGGUGGACGCACCAUGCCAGACCGUGGAAGAUUUAACGAAUGGGGUUGUGAUGGCCCAGGUUCUUCAAAAGAUAGAUCCUGCGUAUUUUGAUGAAAAUUGGUUAAACAGAAUCAAAACUGAAGUAGGAGAUAACUGGAGGCUAAAGAUAAGCAACUUAAAGAAAAUUUUGAAAGGAAUCCUGGAUUACAAUCAUGAGAUUCUAGGGCAGCAGAUCAAUGACUUUACCCUUCCUGACGUGAACCUGAUUGCUGAGCACUCUGACGCUGCAGAGCUGGGAAGGAUGCUUCAGCUCAUUUUAGGCUGUGCUGUGAACUGCGAACAGAAGCAAGAGUACAUCCAAGCCAUCAUGGUGAUGGAGGAGUCUGUGCAGCAUGUCGUCAUGACAGCCAUCCAGGAGCUGAUGAGUAAAGAGUCCCCUGUGUCUGCUGGGAAUGAUGCCUAUGUUGACCUUGAUCGCCAGCUGAAGAAAACUUCAGAAGAACUACAUGAAGCUUUGUCGGCCAAGGAGGAAAUUGCUCAAAGGUGCCAUGAGUUGGAUCUGCAGGUCGCAGCACUGCAGGAGGAGAAAAGCAGUCUGCUGGUUGAGAAUCAGGUAUUAAUGGAAAGACUUAAUCAGUCAGAUUCUAUAGAAGAUCCUAACAGUCCAGCAGGAAGGAGGCAUCUGCAGCUCCAGACUCAGUUAGAGCAGCUCCAGGAAGAAACAUUCAGGCUUGAAGCAGCCAAAGAUGACUAUCGAAUACGCUGUGAAGAGCUGGAGAAGGAGAUCUCUGAACUUCGGCAGCAGAACGAUGAGCUGACCACUCUGGCAGACGAUGCUCAGUCUCUGAAGGAUGAAAUAGAUGUUCUUAGACAUUCUUCUGAUAAAGUUUCUAAACUAGAAGGCCAAGUAGAAUCAUAUAAGAAGAAGCUAGAAGAUCUAGGUGAUUUGAGGCGGCAAGUUAAGCUCUUAGAAGAAAAGAAUACCAUGUAUAUGCAGAACACAGUCAGUCUAGAGGAGGAGCUGCGAAAAGCCAACGCAGCUCGAAGUCAACUUGAGACGUAUAAGAGACAGGUAGUAGAACUACAAAAUAGAUUAUCUGAAGAAUCGAAGAAAGCCGAUAAAUUAGAUUUUGAAUAUAAGCGGCUAAAAGAAAAAGUUGACAGUCUUCAAAAAGAAAAGGAUAGGUUGAGAUCGGAAAGGGAUUCUCUGAAGGAAACCAUUGAAGAGCUUCGCUGUGUUCAGGCUCAGGAAGGACAGCUCACAACUCAAGGGUUGAUGCCUCUGGGAAGUCAGGAGUCUUCAGACAGUCUUGCAGCAGAGAUCGUCACACCGGAAAUCAGGGAGAAGCUCAUUCGUCUUCAGCAUGAGAAUAAGAUGUUGAAAAUCAACCAGGAGGGUUCCGACAAUGAGAAGAUCGCCUUGCUGCAGAGCCUUCUGGAUGAUGCCAACCUCCGCAAGAAUGAGCUGGAGACAGAGAACAGGCUGGUGAAUCAGAGACUCCUAGAAGUACAGUCCCAAGUGGAAGAACUGCAAAAGUCUUUACAGGAGCAAGGCUCAAAGGCGGAAGAUUCAGUUCUUCUAAAGAAGAAGCUUGAAGAGCAUCUAGAGAAGCUGCAUGAAGCCAAUAAUGAGCUGCAGAAGAAGAGGGCCAUCAUCGAAGAUCUUGAGCCAAGAUUUAACAACAGCUCCUUAAAAAUUGAAGAAUUACAAGAAGCUUUACGGAAGAAAGAAGAGGAAAUGAAGCAAAUGGAAGAACGAUAUAAGAAAUACCUAGAGAAAGCCAAAAGUGUUAUCCGUACUUUAGAUCCUAAACAGAAUCAAGGAGCAGCACCAGAAAUACAAGCUCUUAAAAAUCAGCUCCAGGAACGGGACCGGCAAUUCCAUUCAUUGGAGAAAGAAUAUGAGAAAACAAAGAGUCAAAGAGAGAUGGAAGAGAAAUAUAUUGUCAGUGCCUGGUACAACAUGGGGAUGACUCUGCACAAAAAGGCGGCUGAAGACAGGCUUGCGAGCACAGGGUCGGGGCAGUCGUUCCUGGCGAGGCAGAGGCAGGCCACCAGCACGCGGCGGUCUUACCCGGGCCACGUCCAGCCAGCCACCGCAAGGUAGACAAGUCCCGCCGCUGGGGUAGAAACACCCGCGUUCAACACACACUUCUGUUACAUGGCACGGCGUUUCAGGAAGUUCAGCCAGCUUGUAUUUCGUCUCCAUUUUAUGUUACCCUUCAGUUGUGUCUCAUUUGAGGACUUUCUCUUUUCUGUAUCUGUAAUGCUUUCGUUUCUCAGUCCUUUAUUCUGUAGUCCUGUCAGUUCCUUUUAAUGUGCCAAAACCUUUUUAAAUGCCCAGUUAAACGUGUUGUAUAUUAGUGCAGUACUUUUCUUUGUAUGAAAAUGUCCUUUCCCCAACAGUGUAGGCUUUGUAAUGAAUUAGAUUUUCUGCCAAUAAUUGAGAUACAAUUUAUAUUCUCUAUCGUGCCUCUGUGUUACCAUGCUUUCUAAGAAUGUCUUUGUUUAAAGGGAAUUAAUCUUUUUAUGAUGUAUUAAUCCGUGUUUUCAAUUGUUUUCCAAAUGCACUUCAAAUAACUUACAUAUUUACUAUAUAAAAUGGUUGGCAAGUGCACUUUUUGCAAAGACAUAAAUACAUUGGCAGAGGUGCUAAUCAGCUCUCACCCAAGGCACCUGAGAGAAUUAUUUAGAGGGAAAAAAACGAGUUUUCACAUUGUUUUAUAGGAAAUUAAAUUUGUCUGAAGAUUUGGAAACUAUUUUUAAAACAUAAAUAGAAUUUCAUUAUUUCCUGCUAUAUUGUUUGCUGGCAGAAGUGAAUGUGUUGGUUAGGCUGUUGGGGGAGAAGUUACAGAAGAAAAAAAAUCAGGCAGUACAUUCUUUUUUUUGUUUUGUUUUGGAAUAUCACAGUAACUGGGGAUCAGAUUCUAGCAGUGGGGAUAACACUGAAUUUCAACCACCCUCCAUGUCUAAAUGAUUUAUUUUUUAUAUACUUGCAAGUCACAGGUAGCCUUACCUUCGGGGUAAUUUCCUUGUUGACUUGCACCUCAUUUGUAUUACUUAUUCCUUAAUAUAGACCCUUCUGUUUCUAACUAAUUCCUAAUACUUAACAUCUUACUAUCAGUCAUUAAGAUCAAUAAGUGACUUCCUGUGUGUGAUGUUUCUGACAGGUCUCUUUCUUAAUUCUGUGGAUGAGUCUAAGAAUUUGCUGCCAGGCAGAUUCUCUCUCGGGUAUUUGGUUGCCCCAAAGUGCUUACAUUUGUUGACAGAUUAUAAACUGUUUAUUUACGUUGAUGAAUGGCUGUCAAGUAACAGAGAUUGUGAAGCACUUUGACUAUAUAAGGUGCUAUGUAAAUGCAAAAUAUCAUUCAUUUAAACAUUAAAUGUCUCUGGCUCGCUUUCCAUAUUGGCUUAAAUAUUUGGCCCCAAAUUAUAUUAAAUAUAUUCUCCUCCAGCCUUUCUCUUGCACCACAACCCACUUUUUAAAAGCAAAAAUUUACUGAAAUUAGGUUGAUCGUUUAUUUGGUUUUGGUUUUAGAUAGGUUACCUGUUAAGAAGAUUGUAUUUCAUGUACUUGCUGUUUGGAAGUUCAGGUUUCAUUUAGUUUUGUAUAUUAAAUAUAAAUGAGUAACUUUAAAUCAAGCUAAAUGUACUUAAGAAUUUUCAGAAGCUAUAUUUGGAUGUCUGAUUUUUAAUCCUUAUUUCCUUUUUUUUUUUUUUUUUAAGAAAAUGGACCUAAAAUUAUUUUAGGUGUUUUCAUUUGUCCUCGGAAACUAUACCUAAAGAAAGGUAUUAGAAAGUGUGCAGGAAUGACUCGAUGCAUUGAGCUAAUAUUUUACAUUAAGUACAGAAGUCUGAGCUCAGUGUGAAUGCCUCCACCUGGUAAGAAGAAAAGCGGGAGGACUUAGUAGUAAAGGAUAGAACCAUGUGAGUAGGUGCAUCCUGGGGCUUCCGGAGGCUGGGCAGACCCAAGCCCAUAGAAUGUUUUGACAAUAAAAGAUUAAGAUGGUUCAGCCUCGCCCACCCCACCACUUCCAAUCCCCUUAUUUCACAAAUUAGAGAAUGGAUCCAACUGUUUUAAAAUAAGGCAUGAACACUAACCUUGGUAAAAUUGAAAUUACUGGUAAAUAACACCUGCAGAAUAAGAUGGACUAAAACCAGAGUCCCCGAGCUGUUUCUUACGUGGAUUCUAUCCCAUGAGAUAAGGAGUUUUCAUUUUAAUUCUCUAGUGCUAGCCCCGUCCUGGCCUCCUACCCAGCCACCUACCCAGAUUUGUUUCUCUACAUGGGCACGUGCCAAGCUCCUGGAAGGAAAUUUUCCAUCCCAUUUUUCUCCAGCAUCCCAUUAUUUUGGUGUUUACAUUCAUAACCUUCACUCACCUUUACAAUAUCCUAAGUUUUAAUAUAUUGCUUUCAUUCCAUAACAGAAAUUUUAUUUCUAAACAUUCUGUGAUGUUUUUUGAAAAGCACGAAUAAAACUGCACUGUCCCAGUGAGAACCCUAUUUCCUUGGCCCAGCUUUUGGGCAGGGUUUUAUGAAUUUCUCUUUUCUCAGUGAUGAUUAUUAAUCUCUAGGAGGUUUGUGCCAAUGCACGAUCUCUCUGCAAGUUGUGAGACGCUGGGCGCCUUAGGUAGACGGGAGCUGAGCUGGGCCGUGCUGGACAGAUGCCCACGCACAGUGGCUCCAUGAAGCCUGCGCUCCCUGGGGCAGUGGAGCCAGUCCUGGUGCACCACAGAGUCAGCACAGAGUUACUGCAUUAAGGGUGGGGCGAGGCGUCACCCCAGGUCUGAAUUCUUCUAAACAAAAACAUUAUUUUCUGUUUUCCUUCUAACCAGGGUGAGAAAAUACAAAGUUAGUAACUAAAGACCACAAAAGCAUAAAUUUUAUAUUCUGCAGUGUGUAUUUAACAAGUUUGUAAUGGGGGAAAAAAUCCAGCAAAUAUUACAAUUUACCACAUCUUUAAAAGAGAAUAAAAAAUACAGUUGUACUUACAAGAACUCAUACAAACUCCAUCAGAUCUUUUUAGUAUUUGUCUGAUUACCUAAUAACCAAGAAAAAAAGAAGCCCCAAAAUAAAGGCUCCAUUUUCUUUUUUUUUUUUUUGGCCACACCACGUGGCAUGUGGGAUCUUAGUUUCUCAACCAGGGAUCGAACCUGUGUCCUCUGCAUUGGAAGCAGGAGAGUCUUAACCACUGGACCACCAGGGUAGUCCCAAGGCUCCGUUUUCUAAACACUGAUCAGGAUUGAAUUAUUUCUGUUUGAUAAAACUGGCUAGUGAGAUGAUUCAUUAUAAUAAGGAUGAUAUUGUCAGCUUUUGUUGAGGUCUUAACCGCUUUGUCUGUGUAGUAACAACUCAACUGCACAAACGUAAGCUAAAGGUUUCCACUCAGAAGCAUCCGCCCACAUUCCAUCAGCAGGCGUCAGAAAGGCAUGCGAAUCUGUGCUGUUACAGACAGACCAGCAGUAAGCCAUGUGAAGGGAAGCGGGGUUUAAGGUUGAAGGAGAGGUACAUUUUUAUUUAUGAAUUUUUUUACUCACACUUCCUCCUCAGUUGCAGUUUUAUUUAUUCACAUCUAAUGAUACAAGAUAUUUUUUGGAGUCUCUUGCUCUCCAAAAAGCAUUCAUCUUUUAAAGAUAACACCCUGUUUGAAAAUCUUUAUCUCACUAUAAGAAUUGUCUUGAAGCAAAACUCUAAAUUUUUGAACUUUAAUCCUAACUUCCUGCAAUGAAUCUCCAGUGGUCCAGAUCUCAGACUCCGGGAGUGUCAGAACUUUCCCCAGUUGGAACACGUGAGGUUUAUCUGACAAAUUACUAGUAACCCAGAUAGUGUAAACCCCGUUAGUUUAGAGCCACCUAGAUGAGAACUUCUGUGGCCCUGAAGGGAGAGGACAGUGCUUGGCGUUUUGCUUUUUUAGCUGAGAGCAAAACAGCAACAUGAGUUUUGUUGUCUGUUCAUUAAGCUGUGGACCACGUUUUGACUUUUUAUCCUCAAAUUACAAAGUGACUCUGCCUAGAAAUGGUUGUGGAACUACAGAGUGCAUUUCUCAGCAGUGAUGUCUAUGUGAUACCCCACAGGGUAGGAACAAAAUAAGAGGGGCUCUCAGAAUCUUUGAAAAUUAUUUUAGCACGCUUUUUCCUUUUUUUUUUCCCCUUUUUAUAAUGAUCAUCUCUCUUCCUCUAUUUCCAACUGUGAAAAUGGCAGCUCAUUUUAGUAAUGUACAGCCCAGUUUCACUACAUUUAAAAAGCAGUUUCAGAGCUUAUUCUUUGUAACUAUAAUGAUUCGAAUAUUUUGUAUCAUGACUUUUUUAUAUGAGGGAAGCUAUUCUCUGUCAUCCUUUUUUUUACUUUCUAUAAAGCAUAUUUAAAUAAUAAUUGGUGUAUGUUCAUUCUGUUGAAAACUUUGGAAAUGUUUUAGUGACCAAUUUAAGCACGGUAAUUUUAUUGUUCUUAAGUUGUACAACAAAUAAUGUUUAUUUCUCAGAAGCCUAAAAAACAUAAAAUAAUCUGCUACUGACACAGCUCCCCCUCCCCAUUCCCCUAAAUCAUGGAAGUGUCAAAAUUUUGCUCCUUUUUUUCAUAAAGUAAAGGGCAGGUGUGAUGACCGCCAUCUCUUUUCAGUCACUGAUUAUGUUCUUGAGAAAUAUGUACCAAUAAUUUGUUUUAAAACAGCCUUUUAUCAACCCAAUUCCCAUGUAUUUAUAAAAGCUUUAAAAUUUAUAUUUAAUGUUAUCCUGAGAUAUAUUUGGGUUCUUCACACUGCACUUAAAAUGAUAGAGAAGGGACAUUACUUGAGAAACAAGAGACCUGAACCUAAUUAUGGCAAGUAUAUGAGUCUGGCAAUUGUAGCCUGUCAAUGUGUCCUAAGAAUUCUUUUUCAGCAAUUAUGCCUCUCUCACAUAGUUUUCUACCUUCUAACGUUUUCCAAUAAUAUCCUAUGAGAUAAGUUUGUAUGCUACAUGUAAGAGCAUAGAACUCUGAGAAAGUAAUCUAAGGCUGCCAAGGCAGAUCCACUCCUAGAGAGUAGAUCGAUUAUUGGAAGAAGAAAAGACCUAAUUACAAACAAAUAUCCAGACAGAUGGAAGUGCUGACACCAUUCAACCUACACUUGGUCUUAAUAGUAAUACUAAAGUAAUAGUUUACAUAAAAUCUUCUGACUUUAUAUGGUCAUUCUGUUAAAAAAAAAAAAAAAGAGUAGACAAAAAUAAUUUAUUUUCUAAUCAUCCUUCCUUUCAGUGGGCACUCCCUGGGCAUAGAUUAACUGUACAUGUUUGUGAGUGGAGAGGAAAGCAUCAGUUUUCAUCUUGAAACUGGUAACCCAUUCCUCAAUCUAAGAUAGAUCUUUAAGACUGUGAAGAUAGGAUGGUGUGAUGAGAUGAGACAUCUACGGUGGCUGAAACUCACUCCCAACUCACUAGAAGUAACCUGGCUCUGCUGCUGUGUGCGGUUUACAAACCAUACGCUCAGUUUUAUGUCUGCCUUAAUUAUACAUAGUGGCCCCGCAGAAGAUCUUGUUUAAAAUGAAGGCAAGAGUAGACUUCCUAUGUGUAUAUAUUCAAGGAGAGCCUUUGUAUACCUGGUAACAUGACUGCCCGGCUCUGAACUAGAUGUUCAGGGUCUGAAGAUGAAAUCAUCAGAGAAGGUGUGUAGGUAGCCUUGGAAUGUAAGGACGAUGGGGCUAUCAAAUACCCUAAAUUAUAUCAACUCAGAGCUUAAAAGGAUGAGUAAGUUUCAAGCUCAGAGUGAGAAAAAGAAAUUCACCAAAGCAUGCUGAGGCUUUAAUGCAUGUGGGAGACUUCUGAGCGGUCGUCAUUGCUUUAGAGAUCUCUGAACUGACAAAGGAAAAUAAUUAGAUUAGCAUUGAUACUGUAAAACUUAUAAAAGGGACUCGUGUUUAUUCUUGGUGUAAUUUGUCAGCCUGUGGACAGUGAUUACUGUAUAUACAUUCUAUAUAUGUAGAAUAUAUAUAUAGUGUGUUUGUUUUAUAUAUGUCACUAUUAGAGUUGAAUGUCUUAAUAUUAUUUACUACUUCUACUCACAUGUAUUAUUUAUACUUUACUGCAAGAGUCACAGCACUUUACUUACUAACAUUAGAUAAGUAUUUUCCUUCUACCUUUCUGUGGCAUUUUCCAUGUACAUCUUUUCCACCGGGGUUCUUUUCCUUAUUUUGGAAGACUCACUAAGGAAGCCGUAAAAGACAGCCCAAAUAAAUGGGCUGUGCUCUCUUCCUGAAAUGUUUAAAGUCUGAUUUGAAGUUCUGAGUCUAGAACGCUAUCUGAAGCUGGGUUGGGGCUGCGAGUCAUUAACUAUAUUUUAUGUCAUGUUAAUAAGACUCAUGAAGUUAAUACUUACGAAGCCAAGGUCUCUCAUAUACAGACACACUUUAAACUCCUGUUUCCUGGAGUUGCAUUAAUAAUAAGUGAACAGUCUUCUGGUUAAUCAGAAGAUGCUGUCACCUUUCAUUUACCUGUCUCCCAAAAUACAGACUGGCAAACUCUCCUUCACUUUCAUAGUUUCUUCAUCAUUGCAUGUACUUAGACACAGAAGAAAGAAAGCCAGAUUCCAGGAGCUGUGAUGUCCAAGAAUCUGGAAAACGCUGGGGAUGAGGUGAUGGGAAGAAGCAGGUACCAACCAUGGCAGGAUGCUACAAAAGUGGUCUUAGUUCUACUAGAACAUACGCCUUAUGAAUUUGGCCAUUUUCUUAAGUUCAAAUAUGGUAAAGUUUUCAGCUGUUUCUUUUGAGAGAUGUUUUGUGGAGUCAGGACUCUCUUCAUUUGUACUUGAAUAUAUUUAUAUUCAAAUCAUAGUCAAAACAUACUGAAGUAUUUGUUGUUACAUAAACAUUAACACAGUGAUUACUGCCAAAGAACAGGGAGAUGUGCUCGUUAAGAACAUGCUCGUAAGGGUUUUGUCUUAUGUUUAGAUGAGAGAAGUGCUUUUAGAGUGUGAACAGUUUCUGCAGUGCUUUCUUCCCUGUUACCCUCUGUUCUGCUGAUUUACUUGGCGUAGGCAGGUCACCUGGAAGACAGAAGCACAAAUAGAGGAGGCUAGACUCUAACCUGUGAGAGGAGAGCCACUUUUUAUCCUCCCAGAGUAAAAAAAUUAAACACACAGUCACACUCACACAUGGGGACAGAACGUUGAACAGAUAAAUCACCUUCUAAAUGUCUUGAGCAUCCUUUGGCUUCUUGCUAAUCUAGUUAAGAGCAGAUACUAGACCUGCAUUGUCCAAUCCACUAGCCAAUUCACAGCCACAUGUGCUGAUUUAAAUUCAAAUAAAAUUAAGAAUCCGGUUCCCCAGUCCCCCAGCCACAUUUCAUCAGAAGCCACCUGUGGAAAGCAGUUACCGUACCAGGCAGCACAGAUCCAGAACGCGUCCAUCAUCGAAGAAGGCGCUUUUGACAUUUGGUGCCCAGAGAGAAAAUAAGGAUGAAAUAAAGACGUUCAGUUAACUUAUGAUACACUUACAGAUUUUUCUGGCAUCAUUAAAGAAAGGUAUUUUUUUUUAUAAAAAUUAAUACCAGCCCUUUGUAAAGACCUUGAAAAAUCAAAACCCCAUUCUUUGAAACUAGUUUUCAAUAUAUUUUUUUAAACAGAUUCUUAGCACUUUACUUUUUAAGUGGUAUAGUUAAAUAACUUCAUAAAUCAUAACUUAGUAUCUUCAGGUUCUUCCCUUUUUUAGGUAGUCUUUUAAAAUUGAUGAUAGUUUCUAACACUUAUCCAGCAGAAACUGAUGAAUGCUUAUUUAUUUACAGGUAAAAGUUGAUAGACAUCAUAGUCCUCUAUUCCGCUACUUUUCAAUCUCUGUUCCAUUUCUUUUACAUAUAUAUAGAUCUAAGGAGAUCUGCCAGCAGUUUUUCAUUUAUGCCCCCAAAAUCACAUUUGAUCAUCUAUCACCUUAAAGGCAUAUCAAGAUCUAAAUAGUUUCUUUGAUUUUCUUCCUAGUUUCUUGCUCUUAACUACUUAGAUUAUGGAUCAAGUUAAGUUUCAUGUAUGAAGCAGAUUUUAUUCCAGCGACUUAGUUAAUGAAACAUUUUUUUAAGAUUUAUUCAUUGCCUUGGCUUAUUACUAAAGCGCUUAGCAUGACUAAACAGAUCUAUACAAAUGCAUCUUUGAAUUUUUUAGUGAAUAGAAGAGACUAAUUGUAACUCUUUGGAAUCAGCUUGGUAUUUAGUGAAAACUAUACUGUCAGGAAGUCAGAUACUUUCCUCUGCCUUUUCAGUCUUUUUAAUCAAGCUGCAGACUUGAUCCAGUAGUAUCAAAUUACAAACAGCUGUAAAGAAAUUCUUAUUCAAGUACAGAUGAGCAAAUGGCAUGAUUUGAGUUUAUUAUUUUUUGGUGGCAGAAUAUUAACUAUAUUCUGCAGAGACUCAUAUUCUUAGUUAAGGGAAAUUUUCAGGAUGCUUGAAAUAAGAAAGAACAUGCUCGUAUAAAUACAGGAAGUGACUGUACACAAAUGCCAAUCAAUGAUUUGGGGCCUUUUAAUUUUUUUUAAUAGUAGUCUUUUGUUUUUUAAUAGUCUUAGUUAUUAAAGAUUGAGAUGCACUAAUAUGCCGUUGCUGUCACUAACUUUGCUGUUUACAGAUUAUAUGUAAUUCAUAAUGCUUUGUGCUCAGAAGAAUAAUUUCCAGAUUUAAUCUUGUUUUGCAAUUUUGUGUUUUGAAAUUUGCCCCACCAUUUAUAGCACCCAAUUUUUGGUUGCAUGAUGAAUGGUAAAAUUCAAACAUAUCUAAUAGUUUAAUAAUUUGCCUUAUUUCGAUUAACAAAUUCUAUCAAAGAUUUGGGGAUAGAAAGAGGCUUUUUUUUUUUUUUUUUCCUACAGUAUUUUUUAAACUUUUCAGAUGAGCUGGAAAACACUUUAGUACAUUGGAGUUGGAGUUGUAUUGGUUACAGUCCCAGCUCUAUAGCCUUAUACUCAUGUCUUAAGUAUUACUGAUUGUUCUAUGAAUUGUUAGUUUGACAUUUGACAUUGUAGUUAUCCACCUUGCAGUUUAGCCUUUGCAAAAAGGAUAUUGCUAGGUAUGUUCUUAUUUCUGGUUGACUACUGAAUUUGUAAUUUCACAAUUUCAUUCUGAGUCAUUGUAAUCCAAAAAGGAAACCCAUGUAGGACUAAAUUUUUCACCUCACAAAUGAAUCAGUGCAGUUUUAGCAACUUUGUACAAAAAUGCAUCCGAGCAAUGUCGCACCUGUUUACCAGUCAUUGACUCUGUUAGGUUCGUGAGUUUUCUCACUGUUUUCUCUGAGGUAGAUGACUUGUUAGAGAGCCUCAGAAAGAAAUUUUCACCAAACUCACAAAAACAUGAAGUCCAAGAAAUCACCAGAAGACAGAUUUUUAAUUUUUUGAAAUCUUAUAUUGUAUUUCCUUUUGAUGUCACUUAUUCAUUUUAAUUUUAUGACUGCCAACUUGUUAUGGUAUUAAUUAUAUGUAUAUGUUUAUAUGUAUGCAUAUAAUAUAUGUAUAUGUAUAUGAAGAAUAAAGUUAAGAUUUGGUCAAACUAUAUUUUCCCAUUCAAGUACAAAAAUGUUUUCAAGGCUGCAAAAAGUGUACAGUUGUUAAACAAGUUGUAAAUAAAGACUUGUAUAAAUUUCA